AUGGCAGAAGAGAUCCACCGAGACCCCCUGGUGGGAACAGGUGCUCUGUGGGAGGCCCUCAGGGCACUCCUGCCCCCCACUAAAGAAGAACUGAAGUUGGACCUCGGUGAGAAAGUGGAGAGGAGCGUAGUGAUGCUCCUGCAGCAAGCCACCGACCUCUUCUAUGGGGACAGAAGGAGCGAGUGUCUGCAGAUCAGCGAGGCGGUCAUUGACUACUCCUGGGAGAAGCUCAACACAGGGGCAUGGCGGGACGUGGACAAAGACUGGCGGCGGGUUUAUUCCUUUGGCUGCCUUCUGAAAGCUGUGUGUCUGUGCGAGGCAUCUGGGGACGCUACCACUGUGGCCGCAGCCCUGAAAGUCUGUGACAUGGGCCUGCUGAUGGGGGCAGCCAUCCUUGGGGACAUCCUCAUUAAAGUCGCUGCCAUCCUCCAGACUCACCUUCUCUCUAGAAAACGGCCUGCCCAAGGCCCGACCCAGGAGCAGCCUAGCACAAAGAAAUCAAGGAAUGACCAUGUUUGGAUUCCAGAUAUGAAGUCAGAAAGAGCAGUCCCCCGGCUUCACUGUCCGUCCCUCCAGUAUUUCAGGAAGCACUUUUUGGUUCCAGAGAGGCCUGUGAUCUUGGAAGGUGUGGCCAACCAUUGGCCGUGCAUGAAGAAGUGGAGUUUGGCGUAUAUCCAAGAAAUUGCUGGCUGCCGAACUGUCCCAGUGGAAGUUGGUUCUAGGUACACAGACGAGGAAUGGUCCCAGACACUCAUGACGGUCAAUGAGUUCAUCAGCAAAUACAUCAUGAAUGAGCCGAAGGACACGGGGUACCUUGCUCAGCACCAGCUCUUUGACCAGAUCCCAGAGCUGAAGCAGGACAUCAGCAUCCCUGAUUACUGCUGCCUGGGCGACGGGGAGGAAGAAGAGAUCACCAUUAAUGCCUGGUUUGGUCCCCAAGGAACUGUCUCCCCACUUCAUCAGGACCCCCAGCAAAACUUCCUAGUCCAGGUGAUUGGGAGGAAAUAUAUUCGGCUGUAUUCCCCACGGGCGUCAGAGGCUUUGUAUCCGCAUGAUACGCACCUUCUUCAUAACACAAGCCAGGUUGACGUGGAGAAUCCUGACUUGGAGAAGUUCCCGAAGUUUGCCGAGGCCCCCUUCCUGUCCUGCGUACUUUCUCCUGGAGAGAUCCUGUUUAUCCCUGUUAAGUAUUGGCAUUACGUGCGGGCUCUGGACUUGAGCUUCUCGGUCAGCUUCUGGUGGUCGUAGCCAGGAUGGAGGAGGGUAGGGCCUGAAAUGCAUGCGGCACUCCCGGAUUCCCUCAGUCACUGCACUGUGCCCGGCCGUGCUGGGCCUGGAAUCCAGAGACGAGCUGACCAAGCCUAUGCCCUGAGGAAGCCUUCGCUGAGGCCUGAGCUCGGGCACUAGGCAGACACAGGGCGAGGAGCGCCGGGGCAGGGGCAUGCUCCAGGCCAGGUGUGUGUGGCAGAGGCAGGUGGGCAAGACUCCAGAAGGACAUUCCAGGCCCACAACCCACAUGGAGACUUGUGGGUUGAGGUUGGCUGCCUGGAUUCAAACCUGGCCCCAUCGCUUAAUUGCUGUGUGAUUUGGGGCAAGCUACUUUACCACAUGUGUCUCCAUCUGGAAAACAGGGCA